GGCAGGGAAGCGGCGAGAUGGGGCUAGGGUGAGCGCGAGAACCGGCGCAAAGCAAGCCUGGAAAGGGUGAGGAGACCCCGGCCUGCCGACCACCUGUUCCUCCUGGGAGUGCGGCGCGCGUUGAUUGGCUGGAGUGCCGCCCGGGUACCGGAAGUGGCUGAUGCCCAUAGCCAGUGAAACCCAGACAACAGCUGCGGGUUCUGAGGCAGCGGGCGGAGCAGCGCGGGGAGCCCGAGGGGAGCGUGUGUGGGGCGGUAGCUGCCUGAGAUUGUGAGAUGGGGACUGAGAACAAGGAGGUAAUUCCCAAGGAAGAAAUUUCUGAAGAAUCUGAACCACAUGGGGCAAUAUUAGAAAAACUUCCAAAGGUGGUUUAUCAGGGUUACGAGUUUGGAGCAGCAUGUGAAGAAGACAUAUUGGAGGAGCAUUCCAGAGAGUCCACAGAAGAGGUUCUGGAGCAGGUGUCCCCUGAGGAGAGAGACUUUGCAUCAGGGUUGAUUAUCUUUAAGAAAUCACCCUCAAGUGAGAAAGACCAUGAGAAUAAUGAAAGUGAGCGAGCCUACAAUCCUAGCUCAAACCUGAUCACGUACCAGGGAGAUACUACAGCAGAGGCAGUUAGCACAUUUGCUGCUUCUGGCCAAAACUUCAUAGAGAAUUUAGGACCUAAUAAAACACAUAGAAAUUCUCUGGGAGAAAAGGCUCAUACAUGUAAAGAAUGUGGGAAAGCCUUUAAUCAAAACUCACAUCUUAUUCAGCAUAUGAGAGUUCAUAGUGGAGAGAAACCCUUUGAAUGCAAAGAAUGUGGAAAAACAUUUGGAACUAACUCAAGCCUUCGAAGGCACCUGAGAAUUCAUGCUGGAGAGAAGCCCUUUGCUUGUAAUGAAUGUGGAAAGGCCUUCAUUCAGAGUUCACAUCUCAUCCACCAUCACAGAAUUCAUACUGGAGAGAGACCUUAUAAAUGUGAAGAAUGUGGUAAAGCCUUCAGUCAGAAUUCAGCCCUUAUUCUACAUCAGAGAAUCCACACUGGGGAGAAACCAUAUGAAUGUAAUGAAUGUGGGAAGACCUUUAGGGUUAGCUCACAGCUUAUUCAGCAUCAGAGAAUUCAUACUGAAGAAAGAUAUCAUGAAUGCAAUGAGUGUGGCAAAGCCUUCAAGCAUAGCUCAGGCCUCAUUAGACACCAGAAAAUUCAUACUGGAGAAAAACCCUAUCUGUGUAAUGAAUGUGGGAAAGGCUUCGGUCAGAGUUCUGAGCUCAUCCGGCAUCAAAGAAUUCAUACAGGAGACAAACCGUAUGAAUGUAAUGAAUGUGGGAAAACUUUUGGCCAGAACUCAGAGAUUAUUAGACAUAUUAGAAUUCAUACUGGUGAGAAGCCCUACGUAUGUAAGGAAUGCGGGAAGGCCUUUAGGGGAAACUCAGAGCUUCUUAGACAUGAGAGAAUUCACACUGGAGAGAAACCCUAUGAAUGCUUUGAGUGUGGAAAGGCUUUUAGGCGGACCUCUCACCUUAUUGUCCACCAGAGAAUUCAUACUGGAGAGAAACCUCAUCAGUGUAAUGAAUGUGCCAGGACCUUUUGGGAUAACUCUGAGCUGCUUCUCCACCAGAAAAUUCACGUUGGAGAGAAACCUUAUGAAUGUAAUGAGUGUGAGAAAACAUUCAGCCAGCAUUCCCAACUUAUCAUACAUCAGAGAAUUCACACUGGAGAGAAGCCUUACGAGUGCCAAGAAUGUCAGAAGACCUUUAGUCGGAGUUCUCACCUCCUCCGACAUCAAAGUGUUCACUGUAUGGAAUGAUCUGCAAAGCAUGAAAGCCUUCUGUGGAAAAGCUAAAGUCAGACUUAUUGUUCUCAGUCUGUACCCCAAGUUCUCAGAUCAAAUGAAUGGACAGAACCUCCUCUGUCCUUUUACUGAUUUUUAUUUAAACAGUUGGUCAAAAAGGUUGAGGCACUUUUAUGAACUAUUCAUUGAGAAGUUUCAGUGUACUGAGUUAAAUCAUAAAAGCUGUUUCAGGCCUUAAUUCUCCACUAUCCCUUUUUCCUUUCCUUCCUCCCUCCCCACUAGUGGAUCACAUAACAUUAGGGGUCUUUACUGGCCAUGUAGCCCAAAUUGUUACUGUUCAGGAAAAAUGGAGGAACAUGAUUCCACCACUUCCUAGGAAUGACAGAGUUGACCCCUCGAAUAUUACCCCUGAAAUGUUAAAGUCAUGGCCUAGAAGACACACCUCUCUCUUUCCCACUGUUCAGCACUGGAAUUUAGUAAGCUUUUAUUAGCUUCAAAAUCUUCCAAACUUGCUAUCAAGUUCCCUUGGAAGAUGGCAGCAUUAAUGAAGAAGCGGGAAGCUUGGGUCAUUUCCCAUCUCCUGCUAGGCUUCCUUAGUCAUCUGAGAGGGUGCCAUGAUAGAGGAAACUGACAAGCAAUUUAUAGGAUUGUAAGUGAAGGCCCUCAGAAUCCAGAGGGGCUGAUUAGCAAGGCCAGGGGAUAAACAAGUGGGGCCAGACUACUCAGCAUGGGCAGAAGCAGCUCUUUUGCAGCUCUUUCUCAUUUCAGGGCCGUUCAGACUGAGUGCUCCCAAGAACUCUGGGCCUCUGCAUUCACUUUGGGCCCCAGCUUGUGUUGCUGCUGACAGAUCCUGUGUCAGGAAAUAACAAAGAGGACUGCAGCUUCAUUGUCACUAGGCACCUGGCCACGGUGAUGAGCUGGUUCACCUGACUGACCAGGACCCUGCCUUGCCAAAGCACUUAAGCUCAUGACCUGGGCCCCACUGCUGGGGUCCCUGGCUAAUAGGCCGGGAUAUGACAGCCUCUUCUCAAUUUGCCCUUGGCUUUGGAAUUCUCUUUCUUCAGCAUUUCUACAUGUGUUUUCUGUGUUCUCUUACGUGUUUUUUUUUUUUUUUCUUCAAGGAAACACAUCCUCAAUUUUUCAUGUGUCAGUGUUUCUGAGGCAGUGAAUGGUAGUGGGAAUUGCACUAAUGGGGAUCCAGCUUGCUUGGGGUCUGGUCUUAGAACUAGACCUUGAAUAAGGCGCUUCACCUGCUGAUCCCUAAUUUCCUCAUCUGUAAAAUGAGGGGAGUUGAACUAAGUGAUCUCAAGUUUCAACUGGCCCAAUAAUUCCUUUUUUCUUUAAAAAAAAUUUAACUUUAUAUAUCUUCAGUGUUUUAUUCUUUAAUCUCUUUAUUACAGUAAUACUAAUCACUAGUAUUUAUUGAAUUUUUACUAUGUGCCAGGCACAGUGCCAGACAGUUUACAUUUUUGUUUUCACAGCCUCCCUAUGGUGUGAGUACUCUUUUUUUAAAAACAAACAAAACGGCUUUAUUGAGGUAUAAUUUACAUACCAUAAAAUUCACCUGUUUAAGUGUUCAGUUGAAUGCUUUUUAGUUAAUUUACAGAGUUGCACAACCAUCAGUGAUGUGGGUUCUCUUACACCAAUUUGAAAGGUGAGGGGCAGGGGAGAAGUCAAGUAACUUGCCCAUGAUCACACAGCUGGUAAGUGCUAGAGCCAAGACUCCAGCCCUGAGCUGUGCUCCUAAGCACUGUGUUGUACUGUGAAUAGGUGCAUGCAUUACUGCCGUAUUCGAAAUCCUUUGUACAUUUUCUAUUCAUUAUUAAUUACUACAUGAAUUUGAAUAUAAUGGAUUUAAAUCAUGUCCUUGGAAACAUAAUUGGUCAUAGCCAAAACCCAUCAAGUGGGUUUAUUCUGUACCCCAAUAUGUGCCCCCACCCCCGGGCUCAUGCUCUUGGCUUGAGAAAAGGGCUGUACAAGUAAAACAUUUGAUGGGGACUUUCUUGGCAGUUCAGUGGUUAAGACUUUGCCUUCCAAUGCAGGGGUGUGGGUUCGAUCCCUGGUCGGGGAGCUAAGAUCCCACAAGCAUCAAGGCCAAAAAACCAAAACAUAAAGCAGAAGCAAUAUUGUAACAAAUACAGUAAAGACAAAAAAAAGUCCAUCUCAAAACAAACAAAAAAGCUGAUUACACAGUUUCCACAUCCUUCCAGGUACCUCUGUCUCUAGUAGUUAGACGUUAGUAGAAGUUCUUUAACUCAUCUCUUUCCAUAGGGUGUUUACAAGUGCAGUGUGCUCUCAUUCCUUUUUUCAUCACUCAAGCUCAAAUUGAAUUAUACCCAAACAUAUCUUUCUCAUGUGAAACCUGGAUGUUACUUAUUCCCUUAACUUCUUAUUCCUGUGUUUGAAUAUUUUAUUUGCACAUUCACCCCUUGCCAGCCCUUAAUAUAGAACUCAGCACCUCUUCAAACUCCCCAGAAAGGAUCCCCUCACAGAAACAUAUCCAUGAGUAAUACGGACUCUACUCAAGAUUCUGGUGUGUAAGAGGUGGAGAAGGGGGUUUGUAUCCUACUAGACAUCUCGUUCUCAGCAGUCCCUUCUUUGCCAAACUGCCACUGAAGGUUUUUCUCUUUGUCCUCCCCUCUCAGGGCUGUCACCUCAGCUCCUUUUUAGGCCCUUCAAUAACAGACCGCUCAUUGGAACACUAGAAGGCAAUUUAGUGACCAAUUUUUGUUGUGCCUGAUCAUAUUAAGGGAAGAAGUUCUCACCUCUCAUUCUAAGAAGAAUUUUCCAACAUAUAUUAAUUCUUUCCCAAGAGAAAUUCUGGUGAGUGAAAUUAUUUCCACCUUGUUAUAUACACUACACACACAUCCUGUAACCUCACUACCUGCCCUUAUCCACCUUACACCCAGCUAGCUCAGAAAUAUUUCUCUCUUUUCCUUGUUUGCCCUCUCCCCCUCAAUUUUCUUAGGAGCCAAAAUCUGACCAUAAUAUAAUUGACUGGUAGUCAUAAUCUAGUGCAAGUAGAAUUUUAUCAAGGAAAGAAAAGAUGUGAAUUUUCUUAAUUUUAGACCCAUUAAAAAUACCAGGCCUCACAAUCUCAAAAACCUACCAAAAUACCCAGAAAUACCCUUCAGAAUUUUUGCAGACCUAACCAUGUACAUUUUCAUCCUUCCCUAAUUAAACAGUUUUACUGGUAUAUUAACACUUUAUGUAAAUAAAGUAUUUCUUUACAAUUUUA